GACUCAGAGGAGCGAGGGAGCAAGAGGAAGAAGGAGGAGAAAGAGAGAGAGAGGAAGAACCCAAAUGUCACCACUGUCAACACUGUGACAAAUCCUUCACAACAUCUGGAACUUUAAAUCUUCAUCAGAGAGUUCACACUGGAGAGAAUCUACACAGCUGUGAUCUAUGUGGUAAAACCUUUACAAGGAGGGGUAGUCUAGUAAUACACCGCCGUGUUCACACCAGAGAGAAACCGUACCGGUGUGAUCAAUGUGGGAAAACCUUUUCUUAUAAUAAUAGCUUUAAAUCUCACCAGCGCAUUCACACUGGAGAGAAGUUGUACUGCUGUGAUCUAUGUGGUAAAAUCUUUACAAGGAGGGAUAAACUAGUAGUCCACCAACGUGUUCACACCGGAGAGAAACCGUACCGGUGUGAUCAAUGUGGGAAAACCUUUACUUAUAGUAGUGGCCUUAAAUCUCACCAGCGCAUUCACACCGGAGAGAAGCCGCACAGCUGUGAACACUGUGGGGAAACAUUUUCUGAGAGCGGUAGCCUUAAUACUCACCAGCGUGUUCACACUGGAGAGAAGCCGUACUCGUGUGAACACUGUGGGAAAACGUUUUCUGGGAAUGGUCGCCUUAAAUUACACCGACGUGUUCACACCGGAGAGAAGCCGUACAGCUGUGAUCUAUGUGGAAAAACAUUUUCUCAGAUUGGUAACCUUAAAUCUCACCGACGUGUUCACACUGGAGAGAAGCCGUACAGCUGUAAACACUGUGGGAAAACGUUUUCUCAGCGAAGUAACCUUAAGUCUCACCAGCUCAUUCACACUGGAGAGAAGUUGUACAGCUGUGAUCUAUGUGGUAAAAUCUUUACAAGGAGGGAUAGCCUAGUAAUCCACCAACGUGUUCACACCGGAGAGAAACCGUACCGGUGUGAUCAAUGUGGGAAAACUUUUACUUAUAGUAGUGGCUUUAAAUCUCACCAGCGCAGACACACCGGAGAGAAGCCGACCUGGGGCCUGUUGCACGAAACUAGGAUAAGGGAUUAAGCCGGGAUAUUCAAGUUAUCCUGGAUGAAUUUAGCUUGG